AUGUCUUGUGUGCGGGAAUCAUCACCGCAAUCGGAACAUGUGGUUCAGAGACCAGAACCCAAAACACGUCGAUUUAAUCCACUUAGACGUCUGCGUCGAAUAUUCAGACGUAAAGCUCAGAGUCCUGAGCCCAACGAUGUCAAAUCAUGUGACAAUAUUGUAGAACCACCUAGUUUGGAUACAUCCAGAAGUCGUUCGACUAGUCAGCUGAUUGAUGAGCCAUUUACCAGGAGGCGAAGCUUACACUCCACAAUAUUGAGCGUUAGCCACGACAGCGUAUUCAACCCUGAACAACAUUCUGGUCAAUCCGAUUCUGAAUCUACUGUAUCCGUGCCGCGGUUAGGAUUUCCUCAAGCCAAUAUACAGGCUGAAUUACUAGAAGCGGUAAGAAGGCGAAGAAAAAUUCAAGAUGACGAUGAUAGUUUCGAUAUGGACAAUGAAGAUUUAGGACUCCCACGAAGUCCAUCAAUGCAUUCUCCUACUAUUGCCACUGGCAACGAUCUCCGAUUGAGCAAAGAGCUGAUAACUAAAUCUUCACAUAGUACAUGCAGUGAUGGAUCACUCCUUAGUAUGGGCAGUUCCGAAAUGGACGAAGAUUCUUUUGGAGCUCACAAUUCUCGACAUUCAUCCAAAAUAUCGUUACACGACAAGCGCACAUCUCAAACUCAUCUUGACAGUUCGGAUGGUGACUAUUCGACAAGCGUUCCUCUUAGUCAUGACGUAGCUAAGCACCGAAUGGCCAUCCGACCCAAAAGAAAGCACGGCAACCCUCGCAGUAAAAAACCGCUAUCUGUGACGAAUGCUCUUCCCGCGACGCCUGAAGUGAAUGAAGAGCACUCUGGCCGGUCAACUUCGCCCGAAACCAAGCCUCAGACUGCCGACACAGCAGAUGGCACUACUACCAUCAGCACCGUCACCUCAGACACUAAAACCACCACCUCCACCACCAACACCAACACCUCCACCACCACCACCACCUCCAUUAAUUCAAAUGACACAGUCAUCACUACUGCGGUGCCGGUCGUCGUCACCGACACAGUUUGCACCGCCACUGCCUCGACGGUCGAGUCCUGUGACUUGGACACGUCGGUGGACGAGAUUUCCGUGGAGAACGUUCCGCGGCGCGAAGAGGGCUUUUUCCACCGCUUGUUGUCGCGCCGAAGCACUAAGAAGAAAGCCGCCGCCACCGCCAAGUCAGCGUCCACUGAAGACGUGGAUGUGGACCGGUUCCUGUUCGACGAGACGACGGGCGCGAGGCCACGGCAACGUGAAGAACCGCCGCCGGCCGGCCGCAUGCAGCUGUCGUAUCCACCCGACAUGCCACCCGACCACGGUCCACAGCACCACCGCGUUCCCGUGCCGUCAGUGGCUACCGCCGAGGACGUUUUCGAGCCGGACACUUUUGCGCCGAUCAAACAAUCGUUCAGCCUCGGACAGCAUCACUCGAACCAGACGGCCGCCACUGACGACGAUGCGACGUCUAGUGGCGACGGGUCGUCCGUCCAGAAAUCGUCGUCGUCGGACAGCAUGUCCAGCGCCGCCCUCGACGAGUCCGUCGAUUCGGCGGUUGCGGUGUCCAUGACCACCGACGGACGGCACCGGAGUUACAGUUCGAGUGACUCGGAACACCAAGUCUGCGGCACUGACGGUGGUCAACAACACCUGCGCCCUGUGCCCGCUCCGCGUCCAUCCAAGCUCUACAACGGUGGGGGUGGCACCGCGGCCGACGUGGUUGUGCGGAGGAAGAAGCGUGACGACCAACAACAACCAGAACUGCUCAAGGUGUUCGCCCGGCGGUCGCUGAAGUUGGGCAAAGAUGGCGAACCGGAAUUUUUGUUGGUGUCGGCCGAUGUCGACCGUGGCGACGACGGUGACGUCGACCACAAGGUGAUGACCGCAAACGGCGACUGGCCGGUGGAACAACCGGUCGCGGUGGCGUCUGAGGACCGCGUGGUCGUUGUUGUGGUGGACAACGAUAACCACCAUGCCGAGCACGUGGUGGUGGACGUCAACGAGAACAGGACAGUUGCGGCGGCGGCGGUUGAAGUCGUGCCCAGGUUCAAGCGCAUACAGCAGCGCCGGGAGGAGUGGGAAAAGCGACUGUUGCAGCAACAGCGGAACUGA